GUCAGUGGGUCGCGCUCGCGCUGAGUGGGGUGACGUCGCAGCUCCGCCGGUCUUCCGCACCGCGCUCCGUUCCGUCUCGUCUCGUCUCGUCUCGGCCCGGCAGGACCCGUGCAGGCGAGUCACUCCCGGUGGCCACGGGACAAAGGUGACGCAGCAGCGGCAGUCGCGGCGCGGCGGGGACAAAGGCAGCGCACGUUCGUCACGCGAACAGUCACCAGCGUGACGCAGAAGUCAUGGCGGACGUGGAGGACGUUGGCCCAGAGCUGGUGAUGGACGUGGCGAACGCGACGGAGGUGGAGGACCGCAUCAUCCACUACCCCCGAGGCGCCACCAUCUUCGCCGCAGUGGCCUGCAUCAUCUUCAUCGUGGUCGGCAUUGCCGGCAACUUGAUCACCAUCAUCGCGCUGUCUCGCUCCAUCAAACUGCGGGUUCACGCCACCACUGCGUUCGUAGUGAGCCUGUGCCUCUCGGACCUGCUGUUCUGCUCCAUAAACCUGCCGCUCACAGCCUCCAGGUACAUAACAGAGAGCUGGAUGCUGGGGGAGACGGCAUGUCGUAUCUUCCCUUUCUUCUUCUACGGAAAUGUUGCGGCGUCGCUCUUCAACAUGGUCGCUAUCACCCUCAACCGGUGAGUACCAAAGGCAGGCAGGUAUAGCCUUGUCAAGUGUUAUCUUAGCGCGGCUUCUGGGCGAGUGAGCGAGGCUAGCGAACCGGGCGGGCGCCGUUCCUUUAUGGUCGGUCGCCUCCGUUGUGAGAGCUGUGCCGCCCGCCCGCCGCCCGUUGUUGAAUCGCGGUGGCGGAAAUACCGAACGGAACCUCCGUUUUUCGGCAAAAUGCCGGUUUUCGGGUGGCGGCCCACUAGCUGCACAUAACACCGCUGCCGUCCCGGGCCACGUGACGGCGGGCCGGCGAAGGCGGGCCGGGCCGCCAGCCCAGGGUCGGUCCGACGCGGCGGAUGCGUGCGCCGGCGCCGCCGCCGGCCGACAACACUCAACUCGCGAGUGAGCUCACUUGGGGAGUCGUGGGCCGGUUGUGAGCGUCUUCCUGUGCGACCGGAUGUUGCGGAGGUAAUGCAUGCAAUAAAAUUACACCUCGCGCGGCGUUGGCGUAAUAAAUCCUCUAUCCCUCACGGCACACACUGGAUGGCGGAGAAGGCAGCAUUUCUUGAAACUCGACAGACGUCAGGGCAGAUGUGUGUGAGAGUACGCUUGAAAUAAAUGGUGACGCAUAGAGAUUGAGCUGAUCUCAUCGGAAUUUCAUGAAUUAUCGCAUGUGUUUGACAUUCGGAGGUCGAUGCAUUUACAUAUACAGCGGCGUAUUUCGAGGCUACGGCUCUCAGUGACGGAAUGAAUAACGUCUACUUCUCAGAUCACUGAUCGGUGAUCAGUUCACAUCGUGUGAACGCUUGGUGUGAUCUCGUGCUCUCUCGUCGGAAUUUCGCUCACAAAUCGGCUGUCAGGCGAUCCGUGUAAAGUUCACUCGCGGCGUCUGGCAGCCUUCGAGCGCCUCCAGGGCGAGCCACUGGCGGUUCAGUGUGCACGGUGCACGCCUGCUGUGCACUGUGCACGGACUGCACAGUGCACAGCUGACUGGCACGUCGCAUGACCCGGUCACGUGCACUCGCCGUGAGCGGGGUGACGCCGAGUGACAUGUGACGUGUAAGGUCCGCUUUGCUCUUGUUUGAAGAACCGUGGUGACACACCCCUUAGGCAUCCUGGGUAGCCAAUUUGAUUCUGCCAAUUUGAAUGAAUUUGAAUUAGGAGUGAAUCAGCUCCAUGGGCUGAGCGCUGUAAAUGUGCUUUGUGAAUGUGAACCUUUGGCCUGCGUUAUAGGUUUAAAUUAGCAACGUAGCUUGAGAUAGAAUUAACAUUUCCGUAUCAAGAGUCAUACAUUCCUGACAAAGUUCAAAUUUAGUCGCUAGCGUCGUUAAGAGAAAUUGAUUUAGCUCUUUUUUGUCGCCAGCCAGCUGGUUUACGACGUCUUUUCAAGCAAGAGAAACAAUUUAUGUUCAUUCUUUUGAUCCUCGUCAAUUGGUGACUAAAACCAUUAUCUCUCCAUGGCGGGGGACAAGAGGAGCGAAUUGCUUCUGUUUGGAGCAUGAAUCAUUUCCUGUUCAUGAGAACGUCCUCUGUUGAGUUUAGUGCAUUUGUUCGUAUUGGGAUAUUUCCUUAUCUGAUGGCAACCUAAGAAUUUUUUUCAGAGACCCUCAUCGCUCAACUUAAAAGUUUUCCCUCGUUCGAGGACAUACUUUAUUCACUUAAGAAUAGCCUUCAACUGAACUGAGAUCACAAUCUUAGUUGAUAAUACCCUGGUCUCACCCAGGGACAUUUGGUUUCAGUUUAUAAUACAUUGAUCUCACUUCAAAGUCUGAUCCCAAUUGAAGACGUCUGCUCUCAUUUGAGAACGUCUGGUUUGAGAAGUCUGGUCCCAGUUGAGUACGUCUGGUUUGAGGACUGCCCCAUGAUCCCGGCGCCUGCAGUGUCUCUCCAGUCUCCAGCCGAUGUCCCUCUCAGUCUGUGUAUAGUGUAUACGACGGUGUAUAUGUAUGCAGCUCGGCAAAGUUGUAAGGCUAAGUAGCCUGGUAUGUCCACUGUAAACACUAACCGGCGCCUGCUCUCAACAAUACCUGAUUGUUUAUUGGUCAAUCUCUCCAGCAGUGAUCCGAGUAGUUUGACAGUGAUCAGUAAUUGGAUUGCGGGCAACGGUUUCAUUUAUUACUCCAUGGUGCAAGAGGCGAGAACAGAGCUCUUGCAAAACCUGCGUAAGCUUAUUGAUUUUGGAAAGGGAAGGAUAAGAGGAAGCGUUACACAAUACUCAAAGCAUUUAUGAAGUAUAACAUUGCAACUCGGUUCUUGCGAAAUAAGGUCGUUAAUCCAGACUAUAUAUGUAGGUAGAUAAUGGAACUUGCAUUGCUAACUAUUAUCCCGAUGUAAAUUUGGCAUGCGUUUGCUGAAUUGACUCAGCUAGGCAAGCCAUCAAGUGAGCAAAAAAAAAAA